AUGUUGGCCUUGCUGUACGAAACAGCUCCUUGGCAAGCAAAUUCGAUGAAGAAGGUUUUGUUAAUCGUGCGUGCGAGAAUGGCUGAACUGAAUUUGAGGUGGCAACUGCAAGCAAUGCGAUUUGGAAUCAGAAUUCGGUUGACGAUACUUGACGGGUUGACACGUUCAAGCACAUUCGUUGGAGCAGCACAAGUGAUGGGGUAG